AUGUCGGCAGACUGCUCCGUGAACUCGAACAUUUCGCCGGAGAUUACCGAGGUCCAGAAUGCCGGUCUUUGUGACGUCCAAACGCGACCAUGCCUCAAGUUCCGAGUUCUGGUUGAUCCUGCGACACCAGUCACUCGCAGUGAUCGCCUCUCCUGUCGGGUAACAAAAGCUCAGAUCGAUAUAAGCACGGGGACCUACACAAUUCUGCCAGCAACUACGGGACAUGCUGUGGCCGAAUUCGUUAGUUUCUCUGAAGUCACGUGUCACCUACCACGUGAUCCAAUCAUACCGCCAGUGACUAUUACCGGAACAGCUGGUACGCCUGCGCAAGGCUUUCUCCUGUCGAUCAGCAACGAUGGUGUGAAGUUUGGGAAAAACGAAAGUUUUGUCACGUUAUUUGACUCAGCAUGUGUAGAUUGUAAACCUUUUGGACAGUGCACGAAAAAGCGUGGAACGUGCCUAAUUAACGGUUAUUGCUACGAGGAUGGUGAUCGUAACCCUGCCAACUGGUGCUUUGAGAUGUGCGACACAUCUUUCAGCGAGUCCUCCUGGAAGCCGCUCAAUCCGACCCCAGACUGCAGUAAGUGUUCUGGCCAACCUUGUAGUUGUAACAAGAACGGCUGGCGCUGUGACUGUGGUUCUGGCUUUGAGCGCGACAACAUGACGGGGGGUUGCCAUGAUAUCAACGAAUGCCUCAGCAACCCUUGCAGCGGUUAUGACACGUGUUUGAACAGUAAUGGGUCCUACCAGUGCCAAUGGAGGGAAUGCCCCCCUGGUUACAACAAGAUAGGUUCCGGAUGUUACGUCAUAUCAAGUUCAACAGCAAAUCAUCAGCAGGCUAUCGACAGGUGCAAAAACCUUGGUGGCGUUUUACCAACUAUUGAACGGAAGUCAGAAUACAAAGCACUGGUAACAGCAUUGGAUAAGAAGAAAGAAUACCAUAUAAGCGUGAAUGACAUGGAAACUGAAGGCACCUUCCGCUACGGCAAUGUGACGUCAUCGGGCAGCGUGUUCACGGAAUGGUUGCCAGGCCAUCCGCUGACCGGAUCCCAGGGAGACAGCGCGGAUUGUGUGGUGAUAAACGGCCCUAAUGCGUUUAUGUACACCAAUGUUCGGUGCGACUACGUUGCAUUUUAUAUCUGCCAUGUUCCUGCGCAACGUAGACAGUAAGGAUAGAUUUUCUAUCAUAGAAAACUUUUAUAUGUGGAUACCCUUUAGUUUGGAUAUUUGCCGAAAGUCACCAAUCAGGUUCCGGUUAUAUUAGUGCGUUUUACAGAAUUCAUUAUUUGCGCAAUCUGGGGAAACAAUACUGUUCUCAAGUUAUCUCUUUAAAUUAGUUUUUUAUGCUUCCCGUCAAUUACUGCUCUCUACAAUAAGGGUGACAUCAAUCUCGAGUAUUCCUUCAUGCAUAUACAAAACAAUAUACGGCUUGAAUUAUUGUAAAGUUGAGCUUAUGUAGACAUUACCCACCAGUCAAUCUUACCACUGUCGUUACUUUGUUAAAAAGAAAAGUUGUUAAAUCAGAAUUUAAGACAUUAGGUAGAUAUGUGCACUAGUCUUUUAGACAACAAACAAGACUGGGCUAUAUAGCGUUCUUGUUAGCAAUAU